CCCUAGUAAGGUUGCUGAUCAUGCAUCUCUUACUCUUGUUGUUCCUCCACUUGCUGGGUCGGGCAUCAAGCUUCUAUCCCAAUCACGAAUCCAAAGGUGUGGGGCUCCAGGACCUCACUGAUGCAGAUAUCACAGAGAUGGGGAUUCUGAAAGCUGUAGCCACGUUUAUGGAGAGGAACCCCAGUUCAGGGACCCCGGAAUUCAGAGCUGGGGAGCUGGUGAACUUGAGCCCUCUCACCCCAACAACUCUGUUCCAGGCUUACUUUAGAGCGGAAGUGUCUCCAUCUCGAUUCAUAAAGGCCAUUCAACAGAUCGUUGUUGGGAACAAUGAGGUGGAAAUUUACCAGAAGGAUGACAGCAGCUAUCAUUUCAACUGUGAGGAAAUCUCAAAAGGGAUCUUGAAUUUCCAGAGAAUCCGAGACUCUGUUCUGAGUGGGUCUGUAAACAUGUCCUCGCUGGAAUCGGCUCGAUUGAACACUGGGAGAGCGCUGCACAUCCUGCAGAAGUUCUACAGCAACACAAACUGGGUUGAACUGGGCCAGAACACGCCCUACCAUCAUCUGGUGAACUCCACUGUCCUUGCCUAUCCAGUUGCUCCAUCUACAAUACCUACAUGCAAAGACUGUUCUAUUAAUAACAGUGGCUUUUUCGACUGCACGGGUAACAUCUUAGUCAAAAACCUGCUGACCAGUGGAUAUAAAACAUCUACCAACUGCAGAAUCAAACCCAAAGGGAAAUGUGGACACGGAGGUCUGUAUGAUGAGACACAGUUUGACCCUCCCACUGGUGGCAUCAACAAAGAAACAUCGAACCCUAAACUGUCUCCUCAUCACUAUCUCCAUCACAUGGCAGCUGGACUGGCAAUUAAUGCCACCAAGGAGUACUUUAUAGGGGAAGGCUUUGGUUUAUUGAACUUGCUGGGUCCUGACUUGUUCAGAAAGUUCUUUAAUCUGGAGGGAUACUCCCUGACUUUUGUCAUCGACGUCACCGGUAGCAUGGGUAAUGACAUUGCCCAAGUGAAAACCACCUGCAUCGAUCUGAUUAAAAAGCAUGCAAACUCAUUGGAUGCUCCUUACAAUUACAUCUUGGUGCCUUUCAAUGACCCAGAAUAUGGACCUGUUUAUAAAACACAAAAUGUGGCUCAGUUCCAGAACAACAUUGCAAGUCUGACUGUUGGUGGCGGGGGCGAUUGCCCUGAGAUGGCAAUGAGUGGACUGGAGCUUGCCUUGACCAACAGUGAGCCAAGGUCAAAAAUAUUUCUCUUUACUGAUGCUGGUGCAAAGGACAUUUCCAAACUGGAUGACAUUCUACUCUUGGUUGAAUCAACUAAAAGUCAGAUUUAUCCCUUCUUGACUGGAUAUUGUGCACCUGAAGGGACAAUCUUAACAACACAAAAUGAAUAUGAUAUAGUAGCAGACUUAUCUGGAACAGAUGUCAUCAGUGUGCAGAAGAGCAACCUUUACACGGUGUUGGGGGUACUUGAACUGGCUCUAAACUCUGCCCCAGUUUGGAUCCUACACACAGUCCUGCUAACUGACAGACUCCAGUUCCUUGUGGAUGAAACUCUAAAGGAGAUCAGCAUCUCUGUGAGGACCAGCACCCCUUUCACCCUCAAUGUCUUCUUAGCCUCAGGAUUGCAAGCAAACACAACAGAAGUGGUGAGCAGAGACAACUUCAAGAUUGUGAAGAUCAUUGUGAAAGAGCCGGGAUCCUGGAAUGUGGUGUUGAGCAAAAUACAGAUGUACACAUUCGAGAUUGAUGGGAAGAGCUUGCUAGAUUUCUCUUACCAAAUCAUGGAGGAACACAAUGGCUAUGUUUUGCCUAUACAAGGCAGACCAACAAAAGGUUCCAAUUACACUCUUUCUGUGGAUGUACAAGGGAGUGUCAGCAACAUGACGGUCACUAAAAUCUUGCUAUUGAAUAACAAUGGUGAAGUCAACACUUCAAUAAAUGUAAAUCAAAUGACUGAUAGCAACGGCAGGCUAAAAGUCGUGGUGUCUGUGCAGCUCCAGUUAACGUUCCUGCUGAUUGGAAUUACUGGGAAGACAGACAACGGGAAUGAAUUUAAGAGGGUCAAUCCAGACUUGAUCCGGACAGAGGAUGUGCAGCUUAUUUUUCCUCCAGGACAACAGAGCACAUUGAUUGGAAAUGGCACACUGAACAUAACAGUGCUUGUUGUGAACAAAGGAAAAGAAAGAUCACAAUUUAAGCUACAGGUCAAGGAUGAGUUUUCACUACUGACAGAGUUUCAUCCAAGCAGUGUGACACUUGAUGCUGGGGAGACCAUGAACCUUUCAGCAACCUUCCAUGCCCCGACCAACAGUAACUAUUCCUCAAGCAUUGCGACAUUCACAGCCAGGAGUGAGUCUGCAAAGAACUAUCUGAAUAUUCUCAUUACGGUUGUUCCAAAAUCCACAUUGGUUACAGAUGACACGCCCCCUCAAUAUGAAAUUGAAAGCAUGAACAUGCCAUGUAAAGACACAUGGCAAUUAAUGGAUGAAUGCAAAAGGCACCAGUGGAACCUGAUAUUCCGGGCAUGGGAUGAAAGCAGCCAAGUCUAUGUGUCUGUGGGAUCUGAGAUCCCUGAAACCCAGGAACUCAUCUGCAAGGAACCAGUGGGCGCAGGCAGCAUCCCCUGGGUGUCUUGCCAGUACAGUUCUAGCUGCUGUUACCCGUAUGUGGAUAUUAUUAUACAGGACAAAGCAGGAAAUGCAAACGUACUCAGAGUUGACAACAGGCAGCCAAUGACUGAAAAUCAGAACAGUAACAUUGUCAAGGUGGCAGUAAGCUGUGCGACUGUCAUCUUCGUGGUGUGUCUGUCCUUGGUGGUCUGCUUUUUAAUCUUUUGGAGGAGGAGAAAACGCCGUUCACAGGGAAUCUAUCGUAUUGAUUAAAAAAAGCUACAAUGGGGCCUUGUUUACCACAGAAAUUUCAAUUCUGGGGUUUAAAUAUGUUUUUAUGUGCUGGUUGAUAAAACAAAUGGGGUAUUCUUGACUGGUGUUAAAGUCAGUAAUAGUACAGAAAAUGGGGUAACCCUUUACAUUAACAGCCUCUAACACAGUGUAACCAUUUUUUUUUUGUUCCUGGGUAGUAAGUGUUAUUUCCUAAUUGCUUAUGCCUCA